AUGGCGCCUGACGGCAAGGUCGCUGCUCUCGAGAAUAUCAUUGAAGAAACAGUAGGCGCCAGCGGCGGAGUGGGCAUUGGUGAUGGGUUGGGCUUGGACUUUGGGCGAACAAUCUCAGUACAGAGAAGCUCAAGUGUUGUGCUCACUGGCUACAAAUCCCUAAUAGGAAAAGUUGUAGGCCGACCCAAUGCAGUGACCUGGACUAUCAUGGAGGAUCCGGUCCUCAAAGCAGGUGUUCCACCAUAUCUUCAAACGGCCAUCUUACUUGAGAGAAGGACAGAUGAGAUUUUCAAGGCCAACAUCAAUGUCAAAGCUGAUGCUUCCGGAUUCUCAUUCCAAAAUCUACAGGAUGGUCUGAUGGGGAGCGAAGAUGACCCUGUGAUCUUCGAUCCUGGUGCAUCUCCUCUAAUACCUGAUGAACUAGCAAGCCUGGAUCUACAUGACCUUGGAUCAGUUGAUCUCUCUGAGUUCUUCAGAGUACGUCAUGUCAUCGACAAUGACGACAUUCUGCGACGCGGCACUAUAAAUCAAACUGUUAGAGAACUUUUCUCAAAGGACAAAGCAGUGGAUGACAAGAGUGAAUCGUGGGUUAUUAAUCUCUGGGACAACAAUACCGCUGCUGAUGCACGGAAUGUAUUGCCCAAGUCAUUGGAUCGAGAUGAACUGGCAAAGUACUUCUCUUGGAUCUCGGAGACACAUAAUGGCGAUGACCCAACACAAAACACUCAAGGGAGUCGAGAGGCACAACAGGUCCAGCAACAGUCACGACCUGCUCAUUUCUGUAACUUGAUCGCAAGGCAGUCAAGUGAUAAAGACCUCACGACUUUCAGCAAGUUGUUAAAAAGUCUUCUCAACGAGCCUCCCGUCGAGCUUCUUUCGGACUAUUUCGACCUCCCGGAUGACUUUGAGAUCUCUCGACGGCACGACCGUGGAGGCUAUCAAGUGUUCAACAAUAAAGAUGGAAACAAGGUUUUUAAAUUAUACAUCAUUCAGACGCCAUUCUACAGUACAGGCUUCUGGUCGUUGCUUCUUUACUCAAUGGUCGAUAGUAAUGUAGCAGGAGCGUCUAGCAAAUUAUCUGGUGUCAUUCAUGCAGAUGCAGGCGUUGAUCUGAGAAAUAUCUUCGGUGACGUCCGUGACCUUGUUGACAGGCAUGGCCAUCAUCAGACCCUGUUGCCUGUACAGCUAUUCAAGUCGCACUAUGAAGCUACUCUGUCGGCAUUCAACUCUAUUCAAACUGAUGUUGGCAUGGUAGACGAAGAGCUUCUGCGACAGUUCGAAGAAGAGGGCAAGCUGGAUGACGCUAGUAAGCUGUAUCGGAAGUUGAGCAUGACGUUACACAAGUGCAGCAUGAAUCUUGCUGAACUUGGUCGACGACGAAAGUUUGAGGAGGAGCUUGGUAGCCGACUGCAGCAGGAUUUGCAGAACGAUAAAUGUCUCAGAGCAGGGACUCGGAUAUUGAGAGUCUGCCUGGAAAGAUUGAGAGUCAACGCAAUGUCGUAA